GAAGAGCGGGUCAGGUUCUGGAGAGCAGAGACUGAUGAAGGGUUCAGGUUCUUAAGAACACACUGAAGAGCGGGUCAGGUUCUGGAGAGCAGAGACUGAUGCUCUGUGUCCCUGCAGACAAGGGCAUGCAGGUGGAGGUGCGGGUGAACAUGGAGUGGUUCACGGGGAAGGUGGUGGCAGUGGAGGUGAACAAGAAGAGCGUCCGCUGGAAGGUCAAGUUCGACUACGUCCCGAGAUCCACGCCCAAAGACCGCUGGGUGUUUAAGGGGGGGGAGGACGUGCGGUUAAUGCGGCCGGCGUCGCCCGUCUCCCAGACGCCCGACACCCAGCAGGAGGCGGAGAAGGGCCCCGCCCGCAUGGAGCCCGACACCACCCAGCCGGGGACCAGCCGCGAGGUCACCGGCAGCAUGGUCUCCAUGAUGAGGACGAUGUUGCGGUACUUCUUCCCUCCUGAUUUCCGGAUCCCUAAGGACGAUGUGAACGGUAUGACGGCGGAGGAACUGGUGGCGUUCCCUCUGAAGGAGUAUUUCCAGCAGUACGAGCUGGGCCUGCAGUCGCUGUGUAACUCGUACCAGAGCCGGGCGGACGCCAAAGCCAAGGCCGUGGAGGAGAAGAGCAGCAACGCCGAGACCAAACUCAAGGAGGCGGACGAGAAGCUGCAGAAGCUGAGGGCCAACAUCGUCUCUCUGCUGCAGAAAGUGCAAGAGGACAUCGACAUCAACACAGACGAUGAGCUGGACGCCUACAUAGAGGACCUGCUCAACAGGGGGGACUGAGGCCGCCGCCCCCUAAAGACUCUAGCUUUGGUUCUCCUGGGGGCCCUCAGCCCACCAGAGAGGGGCCCUCAGCCCACCAGAGAGGGGCCCCCAGCCCACCAGAGAGGGGCCCUCAGCCCCCCAGAGAGGGGCCCUCAUCAGAGAGGGGCCCUCAUCAGAGAGGGGCCCUCAGCCCACCAGAG